AUGGAAAGGUUCAACAAAGCGUGUUUGGAUAUUCAAAACCUGCCCACAGAGGCAGUACUUAUGGGCCUAGUAAAUGGACUCCGAGAAGACCCCUUCUCCCAGUCCAUCUCGAAAAAGCAUUCGACCUCUCUCAGCGAUGUACAAGAAAUGGCUGAGAAGUACAUCAACAUGGAGGAAAACGCUAGGCUCCGAGAGUCAAGUUGGAGAUCCGGGCUCUCUCACUCGUCAAAAGAGAAAGAGAGAGAGCCCAAGAAAAAGGAGGAAGUCGGUCCAGAAAGGCGUCGGAGAUAUUACUCCUAUACUCCUCUGAGAGUUUCUCUAGUAGAUGUCUAUAGAAAAAUUUGUCAUACUGAAAGGCUACCUCCCCCUAGACCCAUCAAAAAUAAAAAGGGGAGAAGUUGUAGCGACUACUGUGAAUACCAGAAGAUAUAUGGUCACUCAACGAAUGAGUGUUACAACCUGAAAAACAUUAUAGAAAAGCUGGCCAGAGAAGGUCGGCUAGACAAAUAUCUCGUGGAAAGGUCAGAUCAUCAUGGCAAGAGGAAGCGAGACAACGAGGACCGAAGAGAUCCACCACCACAGACCCCGGAAAGACAUGAUCUUGGGGGAAUUCGGUAG